GAGAACAAAUCAUGCGAAGACAGGAGAAAAGAGAGCGAUCAUAUUGAUGGCAUUGAGGUGGUUUCUCCAGGCGACGGGCACGAUGAUCGUCGAAAAAUCAACUGAUAAUGACGUUAAGACAGCAUCAAUGAUGGACGGAAGAAAACUGUUCAAAGUAAGGAGUUUUGGGAGCGAGGGAUUUAGGGUUCCGUUGCACUAUCCGAGGUAUAAGAAGGAGGAUUAUGAGAAUAUGGAUGAGUGGAAGUUAGAUAUGUUGCUGAAAGAGUAUGGUUUGGAAGUCGAGGGGACUUUGGAUGAGAAGAAAUCGUUCGCCAUGGGAACAUUUUUGUGGCCUGAUCAAUUUUAAGAUAUUUUUUUGUGUGUUGUUGAUGUAUCUUAGCUAAUGGUUUCCAUGCAUUAGUUAUGUAUGAUAGAUUAGUCAUAAGCAUGAGUUUGGUAAGAAGUAUUAUCUUUUUGUUAAUGUUGCAUGUACAUGGAGCAAGCACAAGUAAGAUUGUCUAAUUAGUAUUUGCUAUGAUGGAGAUAGCAAUGACAAUAAAGAUAAUAUAUGUUGAUAA